GCGACAGAGACGUUUGAUAUGAUCAAGCAGGCUUACCCAGAUGUUGCUAUAGCAAGAAGUGGUGUGUUUCGGUGGCACCAGGCCUUUUGGAGGGCCGGGAAGAAGUCGCAUAUGAAUGAACAAAUCCAAAGUGAAAACGAUACUCAUUGUCUUUUAUUGACAUCAAAGGCAUCGUCCACCAUGAAUUGGUUCCUCCUGGAGUCAAGCGAAGGGUCAAUCGAGUUCGACAAGACAUCGCAGCCGAUUGGAAGUGGCACCACGAUAACGCCCCGGUUCACACCUCUUUUCUUGUGAACAGCUACCUAACCAAGGCCGCCAUUCCAACGCUUCCGCAGCCGCCCUACAGCUCAUAUGUGGACCUUGACAACUCGUCAUUGUAGAACUACAAACGCUUUGAACAGAUCCUUCACAGCAGAGGUAUGGCCGCAAGUGGACUCACUUGUGCCCACCGUUGGUAGCGGCCACUUCUCCAAUCGACGUUUGAACUGAUAUCCCAACCCGCUUUUUAUCCAUGUUCUCCUCCAUGUUGAGUUUUAUUUUCAGAGAACUUUUAACCUAGCGUUUUAUAUCUAACACCAGGAACCUCAUUAGCAAUGGCAGAGGUAGCUAUACAUUCUCCUCCCCCAGUUUCAUAUGCAAAUCAAAGUUACCAGGACGCGAAGCUGAACUAUAUAUCUCUGCAUUAGCUAGACAUCACUUGCCCUAGGCCAGUUAUUAGUUGCUAAACCUAGACAGACAGCAUCCGCGUGGAGAAUGUAGCGGAGAAGAUUUCCGCCGAUGUUGAUUAUUUGUUCAAACUAUAAUAUUUUGUACACCAUUAAAAUGAUGCCCAACUUUUGAGACUGGUAGCACAACCCUAAUGCUAAAGAUUUGUGUAGAACAACUAACUUAUAGGAUACCAAAACAAACUUGGAAUACAGAUUCUUUCUGGUGACUUACAAGAACUUACAACAAAGUUCAAGCAAUCCGCGCAAAGAUCUUAGAUCUUAUUGAAGUUCUUCAAAGACACAACUACGUUCAUUCAUAUAAAACAAUACAACAAACAACGCAGCAUAUCGACAGCGAGGGCAGAGUCACCUAAUUAAACACCGGCGACAAAGGUGCAAGCGCCGAUAAGUUGCCAAGAAAGUAUCUGGCUGUACACAAAAUCAAUCACGACUGCAAUAUGCCUGCCAGUACAUAGCUGCGGCUUGACACACUGAUAAAGACAUUGAGAAGCAAAGAUAAAAACUACAAAACAAAAUAAGAAAACAAGAAAACAAGCAUAUUAAUCACGAGUCGAUGUCGUAGUGGAGUGGAGACGCAAUCAGCCACAUGCAAUGGAAGGCAAUGAUGAUACGUCGCGGAACGCUAUUCUACAUAUUCAAAUAAAAUUUCGGUUGGAAUAAAAUGAUUGCAAAAACAGUAAUAGGCGAAACGCGCUCUCAGCCGGAGCGCAAACGGGGCAAUAUUUUAGAUUUUGCGCAAAUUACAAAAAUUAGUUGAAACAAAAUCAGAUGUUUUUAGAUAAAUACCAAAAGCUACGCAAAAAUUCAAAUGACACGUCGCGGCAAAUUCGUAGUGAAUAAGGUAAGCAAUGCUAGAAUACAUUUCAUUAGGGACACACCGGCACCGCAGAGCGCGGCGCCGCAACACUGCCACAAUGUGAGCAGCUGCACACCUGCGCAAGUGGGUUGCGGACGGCCCGCUCCGCCACCCACGCUCACACUCACACAGAAGCUCGAAUUCGUAUUGACGCUCGUUAAUCGGCUGCUAAUCGGCUUCGUAACAGUUUACUUGUGCUGGAUGAGUCUGCGUUUGGAUAGCAAGGAUAUUCCAUGGCAUGCGGUGUUUUGCACACUGGGCUUUCUCUGCUUGAUGACCGAAGGUCUGAUGGCCUACUAUCGUGGCAACGCUUGCACCCAGGUGUGUCAUCGGCCGGAGAAGGCACGUUUGCAUUGGGUGUUACAGUUGUGCGGCUCCAUAAUCGGUCUCAUUGGCAUUGUGAUUAAAAUGUGUUUGGAGGAGGUGCACUUUCACACGCGUCAUGGCAUCAUAGGUCUGGCUACCAUGGUUAUUUUAUUUAUCAGCUUGUUAAGCGGUCUCAGCUCACUUUAUGCCGCCGAACUGAAGGGACACCUACAACCACGCUUUAAUAAAACAUUGCACAAUAUUAUUGGCUUGAUUACGUUUACAUUGGCUAUGCUGAGCAUGUAUUACUCGUUCGAGACGCAACUAUUUAACGAUUACUCGUUAGACGCUUCAACUUAUAUGGACUUCCGUUUUCUCUUGGAGAUUACCACAAUUAUUAUAUUUGUGUUGACCGCUUAUGGCCCUAUGUGGUGCUUAUUUUAUAGUCGUUUGUAAAGUAAGCGGAGAGUUAUUUAGUGAAUAAUAACGUUGAACUUUAGAAAACAAUAUAUAAAA